GUGGAUUCGUCAAGGAGUUUAACGUGGAGACCAAAAAGCUAUGGUACCUGGCCGGUCCAGCCAUUUUCACGUCCGUGAACCAAUAUUCUCUUGGCGCCGUUACUCAGGUAUUCGCUGGUCACGUCAGCACCAUCGCUCUCGCCGCCGUCUCUGUGGAAAAUUCUGUUAUCGCCGGAUUCUCUUUUGGCAUCAUGCUUGGCAUGGGAAGUGCGUUGGAAACGCUAUGUGGGCAAGCGUUUGGAGCGGGGAAAUUAUCUAUGCUUGGCGUUUACCUGCAGCGAUCAUGGGUGAUCCUAAACGUGACGGCUCUUAUCCUCACUCUCCUCUACAUCUUCGCCGCCCCAAUCCUCGCCUCCAUCGGCCAAACUCCGGCGAUCUCUAGCGCUGCCGGGCUUUUUUCCAUCUACAUGAUCCCUCAAAUCUUCGCUUACGCCGUUAAUUUCCCAACCGCUAAGUUCCUCCAAUCACAAAGCAAGAUAAUGGUCAUGGCCGCUAUUUCCGCUGCUGCGCUGGCUCUCCACGUGCCUAUCACGUGGUUUGUCAUGGAGAAGCUCAAGUGGGGCAUGGCGGGUCUAGCCGUCGUGCUUAAUGCCUCCUGGUGGUUCAUUGACGUGGCACAGCUCGUGUACAUAUUUAGUGGCACGUGCGGUGAAGCUUGGUCUGGUUUAUCAUGGGAAGCUUUUCACAACUUGUGGGGUUUCGUUAGAUUGUCUUUGGCUUCUGCUGUUAUGCUCUGUUUGGAGGUUUGGUAUUUUAUGGCAAUCAUAUUAUUUGCUGGAUAUUUGAAGAAUGCUGAAGUAUCAGUAGCCGCACUCUCCAUCUGCAUGAACAUUUUGGGAUGGACCGCCAUGGUUGCAAUUGGGAUGAACACAGCCGUCAGUGUGAGAGUGUCAAACGAAUUAGGAGCAAACCAUCCAAGAACGGCCAAGUUCUCACUAGUAGUAGCAGUGAUAACAUCGACGCUGAUUGGAGUCAUUGUAUCGACCGUUCUACUCAUAUUUAGGAAUCAGUACCCAUCAUUAUUUGUGGGCGAUGAAGAAGUCAUCAUUCUCGUUAAAGAACUCACACCAAUACUUGCAGUCUCCAUUGUCAUCAAUAAUGUGCAACCUGUCUUAUCAGGGGUGGCUGUGGGGGCUGGAUGGCAAGCAGUGGUGGCGUACGUUAACAUCGCAUGCUACUACUUGUUUGGAAUCCCAUUUGGUCUAUUGUUAGGAUACAAGCUCGACUUUGGUGUAAAGGGAAUCUGGUGUGGGAUGUUAACGGGAACUGUGGUUCAGACAAUAGUCCUGACGUGGAUGAUCUGCAAAACAAAUUGGGCCAAGGAGGCUGCAAUGGCUGAUGACAGGAUAAGAGAGUGGGGAGGAGAAGUAUCGGAAAUAGAGCAACUCUCGAACUAAAAAGACAUUACGUACGUAAACUAGUACUCAUAUCAAAGAAACUCAGCUCGCCAUUUAUGUUUGGAUCAACAGCACUUUGUAUCUUAAUUUUAGAGUUGAAGGCAUUUCACCCUAAAUUUUAUAAUAAUUACUUACGGAAAACUUAAAAUUAGCUGGGGUAAGUCGAUACAACUCCGAUGGACCACGUAAUGACACUGGAAGCAAAAGUAUAAACCGGCUCCGAUUUGUUGACCAACCCACAAGCAUCGAUAUGUUGUUCUGUAGCUUACUCUCCCACUUUAGUCUCGUACAUUCCUAUGAUACACAACGGCAAUGUACCAUUUAAUAUUGUAAAGAACUAGUGAGUACACAAAUCUAUAAACAACUUGUCAAUAAAAUUAUCAAUUUUCUUUCAUUUAAGCACAAGACAUGGCCCCACACGAGGCAAGUUUUAGUACGAUGAAUAAUCCACAAUUAGUUGUAUACGUUAUCUUCCAUUACGUGGACCGGAAGUCAAUACACAUGCUCGUGAACUGAUGCUUGUCUCAAGACACGUGACGUGAGUUUUCAAACUUCUUUACUUCAUUAAAUAAACAAUUACAAAAGUAAUACAGAACAAAGUGAUAUAGUUCCAGGCAUCAAACACUUUUUAUCUACAAUGAGAUAUGAUUACAUCUACUUGCAAGUUUAUACAUCCAUAUAUUCAAAUA